AUGACCCAGCGGACCCAGAAUGAUACAAAAUCCACCGAGUUGGAGGCUGUUUCUGGAGCACCGCAGCAAUCAAUGAGCAAAGCAAGUUCAGGAGGUGCCGAGGCACCUAUUAAGGAUGGCGUGGCAGACACAUCGUCAUCCUCGCCAUAUGGCACGCGGUCGAGAAAUCGGACUGGCAAUUCUCGGCCCAACUACGCUGAGGACAAGGACAUGGACCUUGACUUUGAUUAUUACCCUCCUAAAAAGGAGGCCGAAUCUAAGAAAUUGACACGACAAAAUAACUCUUCCGCCUCCACACCAUCAGAGGCUCCGCGGGCUAGCGCUGCCUCGCGAAAAUCUGGAACUGACGAGACCAAAGGCGCCGCCUUUCAAAAUGGUACCAAGGAGCAAAACUCAGCUUCUCAAUCUGUGCCAAACUCCGGUGCAAACGGUAGUACCGGCACAUCCCAAUCCUCAUCAAAGAAACGCAAGUCAGCAGCAUUGCAAUCUGGCAAUUCGACCCCGGCUCACUCUACACAAUCGGCGUCUUCUUCCGGUCCCUCCAAGCGAUCGGCAUCACAGACGACAUCGCAAACUCCUUCCACUAAUAUGCUGAGUUUUACCAAUUGUAACGCGAUCACCAAUGGUGGGAAGCUGGUGGCAGAUGAUGGAACGGUUUUGGCUCCAAACGAUCAUGUCUACCUUGUCUGUGAACCUCCUGGCGAACCGUAUUACAUCGGUCGCAUCAUGGAAUUUCUCCAUAUUGAGAAUGAUGCAUCGGGUCCUGUCGAUGCGCUGCGCAUCAACUGGUAUUAUCGGCCCAAAGACAUUGGUCGCCGGAAAAAUUACGAUCUUAUUCCGACGACCUCCAUCAUCAAUGUGCCCGAAAAGGUUAAGAAGGUACUUGAUGAGCGGUGGAAAUUUGUCUUGGUGGAGCAGGGCCGUGGGAAGGAGCUUACUUCGGCGAUGAAGUUGUGCAAGAAGUGCGGAGCUUAUUGUGCAAGUAAUGAUUCGGUCGACUGCUCCGACUGUAAGCUGACCUACCAUAUGAACUGUGUGACACCUCCGGUCACCAAGAAGCCCUCGAGAGGAUUUGGAUGGUCGUGCGCAGCAUGUAGUCGGAAGCACGAGAAGAAGCUUCACGCCCGAAACACUCCAAGUAUCCUUGACAAUGACUUCGAUUUUGACGAUGACGAGUUCAACGAGGAAGAGGAGGUCGCCGCUACCACUCAGACUGGUACUCCAUCGCUACCGGCAGAUGACGAUGCGCACAUUCAAGGAACUCCCGAGCAAAUCUACCAGGCCAGUCUGUGGCCCUAUCGGUAUCUUGGACAGCAUUGCAAGGUAGAGGAUGCCUUGGACUACGACGAUCGUAUCUAUCCUCGCGCAAGCUCGCGUCUUGGCCCGAGGCACCAAGCAACCGUUUUACCUUGGCCCGGCCGGCCCGUGAUCUACGAACCAGUCAUCGAGUUCAAGAGGACAGGGAGGAAGGAUUCCAAGCUGUCCAAGGAGAACCAGGCUGCUCUCGAGGCCCAGAAGAUCCGUCGAGAAACCCGACCAAAAUACAUCCAGGACGAACCACCCGGGUACACCGUACGAGGAGAGGAUCAUGACGAGAAUGAUCCCAAGUGUACCUCUACACUUCUGUGGAAACCACCGUCCCAAGAGACACUCCCCGAUGACGUUCUCAAAGAUUAUACCAAGAAGGCUAUGGCGAUGGCGCCGGCCUUGGGCGUUCCCGAACAUUCCACUAACCUUCAGAAUAUCGCACUGGUCACGCUUUACAGGCACAACUUCGAUGUGGAAAAGGCUCUCGACGACCUCUCGAAGACCGAGGUCGAAGUGUUCAAGGAGCCCAAUUUCACGCCCGCCGAGCAGAAGAAAUUCGAGGAGGCCGUGAUGAAAUAUGGUUCCGAACUUCACAUGAUUACCAAACAUGUCAAGACUCGUAAACAUGGCGAUAUUGUACGACAUUACUACAUCUGGAAGAAGACCGAGCGCGGAAAGCAAAUUUGGGGCGACUACUCGGGUCGGAAAGGAAGGAAGGAAGCUAAGAAGGCCGAGGAAGAAGCCAAUAAGCUCCAGGAAGACCUUGCAGACGACCUAGACGAUUCUGCCUUUGAUUCGGAAAAGGCCAUGCAGAGGAAGAAGAAUUUCAUUUGCAAGUUCUGCUCGACCAAGUCUUCUCGCCAAUGGCGCAGGGCUCCUGUGACCGCUUGCGCCUCGGAAGGAGGCGGCAAGUCAUCCGGCAAGGACAAGAAAGAUCAAUACGUGGCUGCUCUUUGCCGACGCUGUGCCGAGCUGUGGCGUCGCUAUGGUAUUCAGUGGGAGGAUAUCGAAGAGAUGGCCAAGAAGGUCGCGCAAGCCGGUGGCCGUGCCUGGAAGCGCAAGCAAGAUGAGGAGCUCUUGAAGGAAUUGAUCCCCGCCAAGGAUUUGCCUAGCCUUUCACCACCUGCCUCAGAGCCUGGCUCUGCCCAAGUCAACGGAAAUGCAACCAACGGCGCUCAGAAUGGCGAGCCUCCUCGCAAGAAGCUCAAGGGUGCAUCCGAGGAUCGCAGCGGGAAUGAGUCCGGCACGCAUACGAACUCGAAGAGGAAGGAGAAGACCUCCGAGAAGAAUCGUGCGACGCCUCCAGUGGUCAUGCCCGAACCGAGGACACUGCCCUGCGCGAUUUGCAGCCAGUUGGAACCACGGGGCGAUCAACUUCUGACCUGCCGAGAAUGCCGCCUGUCUGUGCAUCGCAAUUGCUAUGGUGUCGUCGACUCCCGCGUUCUCACGAAACCUGGCAAGUGGAUCUGCGAUACGUGUACAAAUGACAGAAGCCCUCAAGUUUCCCUCAAUUAUAAAUGUGUUCUUUGCCCGAUUGAACACACUGAGCAUGACUUUGUGGGUCCGCCUAAAUCUUCCAGCACUCAUAAGAAGAAGUCAGACAAGGACCGAGACCGUGAGAAAGCUGAGCGAGAACAGGCUCAGAAGGCUGCCGAGUACUACCGAAAGAAGCAAGAGGAGGCAAAUAAGCCUGUCAACCCACGUGAACCCCUGAAGCGAACAGCAGACAAUAACUGGGUGCAUGUCACUUGUGCCAUCUGGACACCAGAGGUGAAAUUCGGAUCCGUUCAUGUCGAGUGUGCCAGACAAAACGGCUUUGUUUUGGGCUUCGAUAUUACGCCAAUCAAGGGCUCCCGGCGUGAUCAAUUCCAUAUUGUGACGAUCAAUGGCGAGAGUGGAGUUAUGUCUGCGGCUAUCUGGUGCAAGGAUCACACUCCUAUGAAGACGAUUGUCCAUCCUAUGUACGACAUUGUAGAUGAAAGCGGACUCAACGCCCUGCAGCUUUACGCCCAGAACUUCAAGCAGGCCGACAGGUCAAUCACUGAUACCGUCCGAAAGGCCAAUUUGAUUACGGCGGCCGCAAAGGUUACCGGCAGUUCCACCAAUACGGCGGUUCGGCGGGCAUCUACGACAACUCUCGCUGCUAAUGGCACGUCCAGCCAGCGACAGGCGAACGAACCAGUGCCGACUUCGCAAAGCCUCGGCAGCAAGAUCUGCGUCACAUGCGGAAUCGACGUCAGCCCCAAAUGGUGGCCUGUCAAUGAUGGGACCGGAGAAUCUAUGGCCAAUGGAUAUCAUGACGAACUUAGUGAAGAGGCGAAGAGGUUCAUGGAACAGAGGAAGUUCCAAUGCCACAAGUGCCACAAGACGAACCGGAAGCCGAAGCCGCUUCGAGAAUCUCCUCCACCACCGGAGCAGGUCCAUCUCCCGAUGGUAUCUCAUCACCAGCCCUCGGCCCCCGUUCAAGCCGCGCCGGCUCACCUCCCUGCUCUCGCCAGCCCGCCUCCGCAGCGGCCGGCGGAUCCUCAUCAUCGAUUCCCUUGGACUUCCUCACCGUCACCAGUACCACAUGCCCCUGCACCAAUUGGUCCUCCGAUGGUGGCCUCGCACGUCCAACCAGCCCCACCACCGCCGCCGCCUCCGCCUCAGCAGCAGCAGCAGCAGCAGCAGCAACAACCACCUCCGCCGCCGCCGCCUCCUCAGGCGCCUCCGGCACCUCACAUUAACCAUCUCGCAGGUCCGCCUCCGAUGCCGUCGAUGCAUCAGUACCCACCACCUGCUGCCCCAUACGACGACUGGCAUAGCCAUUCCGCUACCCAGCAUAGCCCUCCCGCUCGCCAUCUCAACGGAGAUCGGCACCAGCGUAGCCCCAUCAUGGGCUUAUCUGCGCUUCGACCCCCUCCCCUCUCGGCGCCACCGCCACCACCGCCCCCGCCCCCUCCUGUCUCUUCGAUCCACCAUGGGAGCCAUAUGAGCCAGCCUCUUGUUAAUGGACUACCGCCUUCACCUCUACGAUCCGGCGGUCCCCAAGUACCGCCUCCGCCUAACCCUUACAUGCACCCUUAUCAUCCCCACCCUGUAGUGCCUCACCAUUUGCCGAAUGGGACACCGCCGCCCCCACCUCCCGCGUCACUCCCACCACGAGGACCGGAUCAUCUUUCGCAGGGCCUUCUCCGCCAAGGGCCCCCAUACGGCCCCACACAUACAAGCCCGCCGUUGCAUUCCAGUCAGCCGGUUGCCAGGGAGAGUGGUCCGUAUGUCAGGGAGUCACCGCCCAUUCUUCCGCCGCCUCCGCAGCGGCCGCCCGAGAAUCGGCCUCCCAGUGGAGCGAGUGCCAGCCCAUCUCUUCGGAACCUCCUUCUGUGA